UGGACUUCUUGAUGGUUUCCUGACAUUUUGUUUCAAAAUGGUGAUAAACGGUUACGGGAACAACGUCCCCGUCCAGUGUCCAGUCGUGGGCCGAAUGGAGGACGUUGCUUGGAAUCUGCAGUGUCCGAUGACAGGCCAGUGGUCUAGACAGCCAGUGAACAAUGUGGCUAUCAGUGCACCGAGUGUUUACCGUGAAAUUCCUCCAGUGGAGUGUUAUCCUGGGGACUACUACGCCCCCAAACCGCAGUAUUUUCCUCCCCAAAUGGUGUACCCUCGUCCGGUUCCUCAAUUCCAGACGCCUAUUAUGCCUAACUUGCCGUGUAAUCAAACGCAAGAGUGGGAUUAUGGGAGCAUGUGCUAUAACGUCAAUGGUCAGCCUUGUCAGUACACCAACGUUGUCGAUCUGGAAGAUUUUAUGAACAAUGAGAAACGCAAGGAGAAAUCCCGCGUCGCGGCCAGAUGUCGCCGCACGAAGGAGAUGCAGAUCUUCUCGGAGCUGAUGGAACAGUUGCCCGCCAAGAAAGAGGAAGUGGAACAGCUGGACAAAGCUUCCGUGAUGCGUCUCGCUAUAUCCUACCUCAGGGCCCGCGAUGUGGUUACACUGCUCCCUAACGCCACAAAGGACCAGCCGAAGAUAGAAAACUCCAAAGGUGUGGAAGAGCUGUCAUCAGAGCUGUCCUACAUGAAGGCUUUGGACGGGUUCGUCCUGGUACUUUCUCAGCAAGGAGACAUCGUUUACUGUAGUGAAAAUAUUGCUGAUCAUCUUGGAGUCUCACAGAUGGAAAUCAUGGGCCAAAGCGUGUUCGAGUUCAGUCACCCCUGCGACCAUGAUGAGAUUCGCGAAGCUCUGCGGUCAAACGGUCAGCAAGACGGUCGGCGCGAUCUUCUGCUCCGUCUGAAGUGUACUCUGACCAGCAAGGGGCGGAAUGUGCAUCUCAAGUCCGCUUCUUUCAAGGUUAUCCAUGUCACUGGUCACAUGCUGAUGCCCCAAGAGACCGAAAAACCCAACUCUGAAGACAAGAAAGACGAGAAAUCUGCCAAGUGUCCUUCUUUGGUCGCCGUCGGUCGUCCCAUACCGCACCCUUCUAAUAUAGAGAUACCGCUGGACAGCAAGACUUUCUUGACUAAGCAUAGUCUGGAUAUGAAGUUUAUGUACAUUGAUGACACUCUGACGAAGACCCUGGGUUUCGGCAAGGACGAGUUAGUGGGUCAUUCCCUUUACGACUACCACCACUCGGCUGAUUGUGCGUCCCUGGUCCAUCAAUUCAAAUCACUGUUCUCCAAAGGACAAUGCGAGACCAGCCAGUACCGCUUCCUCGCCAAGACCGGUGGCUACGCCUGGGUUCAGACCCAGGCCACCGUCAUCACAGACAAGCAGCAGAAGCCCGUCAGCGUCGUUUGCGUCAACUACAUCAUAAGCGCUAUAGAGUGCAAAGAUGAGGUGUUCUCCGCGCACCAACUCCAACAUGCGGACUUGAAGCCUGUACCAGUACCGCCUACCGCAUUUGAGCCUCCAGCGAACGGAGCCAUAGUAGCAGUGGUGCCUGCUACAGAAGAAAUCUUUGCACCAAGGGAGAAAGACAUGAACAAGGGUUAUCUCUCACUGGCACAAUCCAAGGGACAUACAAUGCUUAAAGACGAGCCUGAUGAGGAGGAUCUUACUUAUCUGGCGCCCACGGCCGGUGACACUUGCAUCCCACUGGAGAACAGUCCGUUUGAUAUGUUCGAUGACUUUAUUCUUAGCGACAAUUACUGCAGCCUCUUAGGCGAUGACCUUGCUAAUGGUUCACCUGUGGACUCCUUAACUGCUGAUUCUUUAUUAAUGUCCUCACCUGAACCUCAGGAGAGUGACUCGUCAUGUGAACAGUCGUCAAUAUUGACAGAACUUUCUCUGGAUGCUUUAGAUAGCGUAAGGUCAGACAACGACAUAGACGAUGGACACUCACCGUUCAUCCCCCUCACCGAUGAGUUGCCAGUAUUGGAGCCGGCGGUCAUGUGGGCCGCGUUCCCAGACAACGUCAGCAUGGCUAGACCACAGCCGACUAACACACAGACGCAACAGAGCGCUUCGCCGGCCCCGGCGCUACAGCGCCUCUUAGCCGCGCCACCCACAGGCCCCCCACAAGAUCUCAUUACAAGCAUAUACUCAGAUCAAGGAUUAAUACCAAGCAGAAGCGUGUCGUCAUGGGAGACUGGCGUCAAACGCGUGUUGAACCAAGAUGAGGAGCCACGGGCCAAACGUGCCAAGCGCAGCCCGUCCCCGGCUCUAGAAGUGCGGAGCACGCCGUCCUCGAGCGUCCUCAUGAACCUCCUGGACGAACCGCAGCCGAUGCAGGUGAAGCCGGGCCAGUAUAGGUUGGUGGUCAACCAGGAGAUCCCGAUCAACAUCAUCCCCGUACCGGUCAUGAACCUCAUGCAGAAGCAACCCCCGAAACCCAUACACAACUCAAACCUCAUACCUAACUCCAAUCUUAUACCCAAAUCUAACAUGAUACACUCAAACUUGAUUCCCACAUCCAACUUGAUACCCAAGUCAAACAUGAUACCGACCCCAAAUCUGAUACAUAACGUCACUAACCCUAUGUCUCCACUUACACUUAAUAUAGGGAGCCCGAUGUACUCGCUUCCGUCGAGUCCUAAUACUCCCAAUUACAGCCCAGCCAUGAGUCCCGCGCAAAGGGAGCGCGUGCUGAGCCCCUAUCGCUCCCAAUCUGUGUCGCCCGUCGGCAAAUUCAAGCAAAUGUACAGCCCCGGCAGACUCCUGUCGCCCAUAGGCGUCAUACACGGCAGCGACCCGUAUCUCACCAAUAAAAUGGCGCCAAGUCCUAAUUACCCGCAACAAGUCGACAUGAUCAUAGACAACAACAUAGCUCUUACAUCGAACGACUUCUGGCCCGAUACAGAGAUGCUGACGGAAACCAAUCUUCUUGAAGCAUUAGACGACGUCAAACUCGUCUAGAACUUGAUAUUUCAGAGUGAUUUCUCAGUCGAUAGCGGAAUCAUAACACCAAAAAUAUGAUGCUAUCAAAUCACGAGAAUCCCUGAACCCAUUCGCGUUCCGUACGCGAAAUGUUUGACAUUUUAUUCGGGGUUUCAUUUUUGUAGAAAUCACUCUAGCGUACGCAGGGUCGGAACAAUAAAAUACCAAACGGAUUCCGGAUAAUUGUAAAACCAACAGCAUUAUAUUUUCACAGAGCGUACAAGUAGGUACGGUACGGAAUAGGUAACCUUUCAGUACUCAGCACAGUAACUCCUUACAGUAGAUUUUUUUUUUCAGAACCCCAUUAUUUUGUAACUCAUUAAAAGUUUGCUUGAUAUCUAGUUACAUUAUUUUAAAGCUAAUCUUCUAAAAAAGUACCAAAUUUAAAGAGCAGGAAUUAAUGCAAACUUGCGAAAAAUCGUUGCAAAAUACCGGAAUCCAAAAUGACGUAACAAUAAACAUGUGACUUAGCAGGAAAAGUUCGUAAUCGUAAGGACUGUAAUAACGCUGUCAAAUAUAUUUUUCAGUACAGAUGGUGUUUUUUUACGCACUAGUGCGAGAAGUGGUUCAUUAUAUGCCAGGUUGAAACUUUGGAGGCUCAUCUGUACUGAAAAACGUCGUUCGAUACACGUGCGAAAAGGAAAUUCGUAACUCGUGUCGAUUUAAAACACUCCCUUCGGUCGUGUUUUAAUUAUUAUUUAUCGCCACUCGUUUCUAACUUCCUCUUUUUCGCACUUGUAUCGAAAUGUACUAUUAAUUUUAGCAUAAUGAAAAACAGCGUAAUUUUAUAUGUUUAAGAGAUCUUUAUAUUCUUUAUAGUAUCGGCCAUAUAUGGUGCAUCUAAUGGCUGACUAGCAAUGAAACCUUGAGAGGUAAUCAAGAGAAUCUUAUUUGCAGCAUUAUUCAAUUAAAUGAGCUCUGACAUCAAUAUGUCGGUUUUAUCCUCCAAUAGAUUAAAAACAUUUGAAGAAAAUUGGCGUAUGAUUUUACUUAUUAGUGUCAUAAAUACUUAUUUAAAGUACGAGGUCUCAUAUUUUCAUAUUUUUAUAACGAAUUGAAGUAAAUUAUAGGGUACGUUACAUUCGUAAUUUAAGAUGUCGUAUUGUACGUGACCGUCAUUGUAAUGUACUGGAAAAUAUAUUAUUAUUAAAUGUAGACAAAGAAGGUAAAAAAUGUAAGUUUUAUUAUACACAUCUGUUAAAAUGCACUUAUAAUAAUUUGUUUGAUCAAAAAUCGUAUACUCAUUUAGUAUUUUAAGGAUUAUAUAUUUAUUACGACGGUGUCGUACCGGUUCUACAUGUAAUAAUUGUUAUUUAAACAAAGAUUAUUUUGGCAUGAUAGUUUUAUAUAUUGGGUUAGGUAUAUCCUUGCGAUCUAUAACAAAAAAGGUUACAAAACCUUUUAUAUGUAACAAUUGUAACAUUAUUAACAUCAAAUAGUCUGACCAAAAUAUACGUGUCAGCUAAAAUUGUGCAAUAUGUAUUCAAUCCUUUCCUAAGAUCAAUAGAACUGGGGGGCUACCAUGAAGUGCUAAAGCCGUUCAGUUUAGGUUGAGAGGGAGGGACGGAGCUAUGGAACUGCUAUAGCUUCGUCCCUUUCUCUCAACCUAAACUGAACGGCUUUAGCACUUCAUGGUAACCCCCCAGAAACGUGUAAUACUAAGAAAUAAAUGGAAUGUUUAAAAAAAUGUGUCAUUAUGGGUGUCCCGACCAUAGACCAAUAUGUAUACUUAGUCUUAAAAAGAAGUAUAUCGAUGAUUAAGAAGUUGUACUUGUCUCUUCUUAUAACAUUUUCUUCUAAAAAUAUCUGAAGCUAACUAUUUCCUACACAACUUUGAAUCAAUACUUCUGUCUAGGCUCGAAUAACAGCUGUGGUUAUUUAUCUUCUGUUACCUACUAGUAUUACAUAAUUUUGUAAGUACGCCUGUCCACAGAAUGUACACAUCAACACAAGUACAAUCUAAGAAUAUGAUUAUAAACCUACAGCUAAAUAUUUAUCGCAAAUAAAUGCAAUUUUCAUUUGUAAACAUUAUCUCGUUGGUUAUAUUAAUUAAGUUAAUUUAAGAUAGUUUUAAGAUAUGAUUGUUUAAUAAUGUUUUAUAAAGUGGACAUAGAUAAGCAUUUUAUCGUUGGUGUUAUGAAUGCUCGCCUGAUUGUCAAAGAUAUCGAUUUUGGACUAUGGAAAUUAAUUAUCUUAUAAAUAAGAGUAAUCAUAAAUGUUAACCACACUAGGUAUAAAGGAGGAAUGGGGAGGCCCAAAUCUUUGGUCGCAAUCCCUAAUUAGAGAAUAAAACAUACUGCCAAUUUUCAUGUCUAACAUAUAACUAAAAUAAGUUUCUAGUACCUAUACGGAUUAUAUUAAGAAUUAUACUGAACAUUAUGAAGCUAAUUCUUUGUGAAUUAUUUCAAACUACGUCUGCCUUGUGCCAUACAGCAUUUUGUUCUCUACCUUCUGAUCCUGACUUGUGAUUAAAUGGCGAAUUAUAUAUCAAAUUUUGGAAUUAUAUUGAAACUAAAUUGUAAAUAAAAUUCAAAUUGUUUUAUAAAAUACACGAGUAUUUAGAUAUUAAAUUUAUUGACUUUUA